GACGGUCGACCUCCUCCCUCCUCCCUCUCACAGACUCCCUCCUAAUCUGAGCGGGCAGGACGGGGGAGGACGCCGGGCAUUUGCCAACACCUCUCCCUCUUUUCUGGCAGCGGCCGGCGCAGCGGCUGAGCCGAUGCAGCCGGGAUUUGGGCAAAAAGCAACCUAUUCCGCGCUGAGGCCGAAGUGGAGCAGCUAAACCGGCGCUGGUGCUGGUUCCGGUGCCGAGGCUUCUGGAUGAGGAGCCGUGCAGGACUGGAUUUACUGCUAAUCCAGCAGCCAGGAGCUCGCAGGGAUCUGCUGCUGCGCGUUGCCUGACAGGCCCAGUCAGAGGAGCGGAGGACGUGAGGAUGCCGUCGUUGCAGGCUCUCUGAGGAGCGCUGUCUCUGCGGGACGUUCAUGGCCAAAUGUAGAGGCCUGGUGGCCGAGGAAAAGCAGCUCAGGGGCACGAUGUCGGCCUCUCAGGGGAUGAACCGCAGCGGCGUCUACAACUACUUCCUCAACAUGGUGGCCUAUCAGAUCUGCUGCUGCUGUGGACCGGCCCCCUGCUCUCUGUGCUGUGCCUUCUGUCCUCCGGUCAAGUCGUCCACCAGCACGCGGGUCAUGUACACCCUGUUCCACAUCAUGAGCUGCGCCGUGUCCUGCCUCAUGCUGUCCAGCACCGUGUCUGAGCUCGUCAGGGAAAACGUGCCUUUCUUCAACGUGGUGUGUGACCAGGCACACGGAGGAGGCCACUGCGAGAUGCUGGUGGGCUACUCGGCCGUCUACAGGGUCUGCUUCGGCACUUCCUGCUUCUACCUGAUGAUGGCGAUCUUCCUCAUCGACGUGAAGUCCAGCCAGGACUUCAGAGCCCUCAUACACAACGGCUUCUGGUUCCUGAAGCUCAUCACGCUGCUGGGGAUGUGCACCGCCGCCUUCUUCAUCCCCACAGAAUCCUUCCUGCACGCCUGGCAUUACGUUGGUGUGGUGGGGGGGUUUGCCUUCAUCCUCAUCCAGCUCAUCCUCAUCACAGCGUUUGCACACACCUGGAACAAGAACUGGUUGACGGGAGCAGCGGAGAACAAGCGCUGGUACCUGGCAGUGACCUGCGCCACCCUCUUCUUCUACACCAUCGCCACCAUGGCCUUCACCUUCAUGUACAAGUACUACACGCACCCCAUCGCCUGCCACUUCAACAAGGCGCUGCUGUGGAUCAACCUGGGCCUCUGCGGCCUCAUGUCCUUCAUCGCCGUCACGCCGUGCGUCAAGCAGAAGCAGCCUCGCUCCGGCCUCCUUCAGGCCUCCAUCAUCAGCUGCUACGUCAUGUACCUCACCUUCUCUGCUCUGUCCAGCCGCCCGCCGGAGAAAGUGCUGUACCAGGGGGUGAACAUGACCGUCUGUUACCCCAGCGUGGGACAAGACGACAUCCAGAAUGAAGGCAACGCCGUGGCCAUCAUCGGCGCCGCCAUCAUGUACUGCUGCGUGCUGUUCGCCUGCAACGAGGCGUCCUACCUGGCUGAGGUGUUCGGCCCGUUCUGGAUGAUCAAAGUCUAUCGUUACGAGUUCCAGAAGGCCACCUGCUGCUUCUGCUGCCCCGAGGAGGAGGAAGCCGAGGACGAGUUUGUGAUCGACGACGAGAUUAAGGGUUGUCAGAAGGUCAUUCACAACGAAACCCAGAGAGUCGCCUACAGCUACUUCUUCUUCCACUUCGUGUUCUUCUUGGCUUCGCUCUACGUCAUGAUGACCCUCACCAACUGGUUCAGGUCAGUGAACACUGGGAGCGUCUGCCCCCCCAGCAGCAUCCUGUUAAACUGCACUGUCCUCUCCAGCUACGAGUCCGCGGUGCUGGAGACCACCUUCACCCACGGCUGCUGGUCCACCUUCUGGGUGAAGCUGUCGUCCUGCUGGGCCUGUGUGCUGCUCUACCUCUGGCUGCUGCUGGGUCCGCUGUGCAGCUGUCAGUCCGAGUCCAGACCCCGGCGCUCGCGCAUCAAGCGGCGCUCGGCGUCCUCCCGCCACGUCUCCGUCAGCGUCUGACGAGGCGCGCGCCGCCGAAAGGGACGCGGGAGGCGAUGAGCAUGGUGCCCUGCAGACGCGGAGGUCACGGGGGUCACGGGUCAAAGACUCAGUGCUGAGCGGGACCGGACCCGACGCCCUGUCGAUGUGAAGCCCUGAAGACAAUGAGGACGUCAGUGGACCUCCAGUGGAAAUUGCCAAAGGGAGAAAUGUGGGAGAUGUAAAAAUCUCAUUAUGGACAAAGCGAAUGCAUCAAUAAGGGUUAAAUAUGGACGCAUUGCUGUAUUUGCAUAGUUUAUUUUCUAUUCUCAGAUUUAGAUGUUAAAUGUUGUAAAGAAGGAGACGCUGUAGAUAAUGGGGCCAAACCACCGUUUACAGAGACAACACAAAUCCUGUUGGUUCGGAUGAAGCUUGUGAUCAUUAAAUCUUUCCCAUUUCAAUAGAAAAAAAACAAAGGAAAUCAUAAACAUUUGAAUUCUGAAACAUUUGGCAGCUUCUUCUGACCUGGUGUGAACCACCAGCUUCACGUCCUGCGGUUCUGCCUGUGGAGCCAGUGAGCGCAGCCUCAACUUCCUGCUGCUCUGUGAACUAGAAGUGUCACAUUAGUUUGAUAUUAGGUUCACACACUGACGAUGAUGAUGCUCAGACAAGCUUGGCUCAGAGUUAUGUGUGACCACUGCCUUGUGCUUCUACGUUUGGAUCUAAUCUGACCAGCAGAAAAAAAACCUUCGUACUUUUGAUACUGUAGCAUCUUUGUAGCACACGUUAGCUCGUCUAGUCUUUUUGCUACAGACUCACACCCUGUAGGUUUAUGGCGACAUCAGGAUCCAGAUCAAGGCCAAGGAGACACCCAAAAUAAGAGGGCUUCACCGAUAAUUGUGAAUAAUUAUGUGCAUUAUUAUGUGCAUUUUCUGCAUUAAAAGCCAAGGGUGGUCAAAGAAAUAAGAAUGUGUCUCAUGCCUUCAGACGUAGUCGUCAACAGGCCCGUCGUCCUGGAAGGUUGAUGCAGGUGAGGAUCAGCCUCAGUGGGAACAGCCCGAGUAGCUGUAGCUGGUGUUGAUCAGGUCCCUUCGUUGUAGACGUGAAGCUUUUUGUUAAUAAAUGCUUUUCCUACAGCCCGUCAUCGCGUCUGUUCUGUGUCACAAAUCGAACAUCACUCGAAGGCGUGAAAUUGGCUUUAAUUAAAAAAUGAAGCUAUUCACAGAGAAAGUGGUGAUCGUCCAUGUGAACAAACCGCUUUGGCACAAAAGUGGGGUUUUAAAAUGUCCGCUGGCAGCAACAAAACAAUACUGGUGAAUACAUCACAUUAUGAGUGACUACAACACAGAACCAGGUCACAAACAACCAGUUGGAUUAAAGCUCGUUUAUACAUGAAUGUGAUUUGAAGCAACAUCAAUCAAAGACUCCUUAGUGGUCAUCAGACAGUUUAACAUCGUUUCUGUUUUGUUUGAUGUCUUUCGGCUUCACUGACUUCUGACACGUGAGACGGGAAUCUUUGCUGUUACAGAGUAAUAGAUGCAGCAAUGACGUUGGGCCGAGAACAAGACAAAGACGGAGCAAUAAGUGACAUUAGAGAUGUUAAAUCAGAGAGGCAGGAGAUCUGAGCCACAGCCUGGUGAUGGUGGUCGUUCUCACCUGCAGCUGGUUCUGAAGUCGUGUUCUGCUUGACUCGUGAUCAGCUCAAACCCAAACCCUUCAUUUACUGUUCAAUGCAACGAUAAACACACACACGCACACGCACAGGCACACACACACACACACACACACACACACACACACACACACACACACACACACACACACACAUACACACACA